CUGACCAUUUCUCUUAAACAGCUUUAUUGCAAUUUCAUUAACAUACCAUACAAUUGACCCAUUUUUUUAAGUAUAUGAUAAAAUGGCUUUUAGUAUAUUCACAGAGUUAAACAACUACCACAGUUUAGUUUGAGAACAUUUUCAUCACCCGGAAAAGAAACCCUGAACCCAAUAGUGUCAUUUGUCCCCCAGCCCGAGGCCAUCCUAUUUUGGUCCCUGUAGAUUAGCUUAGGUUUGGAUAUCUUAUGUAAAUGGAAUUGUGAUCCUUUGUGGCUGGCUUGCUUCUAUUGUGUAAAUUUUAUCCAAUCAGACAGUUGGAUUUCAAUUUUUUAGCUAUUCCAAAUAAUGCUUUGAACUUUUGCAAGUUUUUGUGAGGACAUAUAUUUCUCUGGGGUAUAUACCCAGGAGCGGAGUUGCUGGAUCAUAUAACCACUAUAUAGUACCAUUUGAGUAACUGCCCGAUAUUACCAGCGCAGCUAUUUUGUAUCUCACCAGUAGUAUAUGAGGGUCACAAUUUCCACACCUGGCCAACACCUCGUUAUACCCAUCCUAGUGAGUGAAAUGGUAUAAGCAUUCCCAACACACCAGUUUGAAUUUGUGUCCCUUGCUCUUGAACUUAAGGCUCUGUAAAACUAGCAAAAUAAAUAGCCACAACCGCGUUUGACAACACCUAGCUAUCACAAGUGAAAUACCUUCCCUAAGGGUGGUGAGCCAUUAGAAUGGCCAUUAUCUCCCUGGAUUAAUGUUUUGGCAUUUAUUCUCGUAUUCCAUUUAGGAAGCCGUUUCUCUUCCAGUGGAGUUUUGGGUUUGCUAGCGAAGACCCGGCCUUUGGUGAGGGCUCGCGGCAGCGGCGCCGGAAGUCCGGCGGGAAGUAGUUUCGCCUCCUCCUGGACGUCACCGUUACGUCUUGCGUGUCCUCAGGCUGACGCAGGCGCGCCUUUGUCAGCCCUCUGUUGAGGCGCUCAUUGGGUCCGCUGCAGCCACGUCCCUCCCUCCGGAAGUGCGGACAUUUCCUCUUGGGCUUCGUGGUCGCUGGAGCUCACGCCUGGGACAAUGGUGUGCAUUCCUUGUAUCGUCAUUCCAGUUCUGCUCUGGAUCUACAAAAAAUUCCUGGAGCCAUAUGUAUACCCUCUGAUUUCCCCUUUUGUUAGUCGUAUAUGGCCUAAAAAAGCUAUACAAGAAUCCAAUGACAAAAAUAAAGGCAAAGUAGACUAUAAGGGUACAGACAUAAAUGGAUUACCGACAAAAGAACCAACAGAAACCUUUGAUAAAAAGAAGGACUAACACGUUUUCUCAAAGGAUUUCGUUGUUUUAAAAUGGACUUGAUAAUUGUAAUUGUCUUCCUUGUAAUUGUCUCUCACUUUUUUCUCUCAGACCAGAAUUCAGGAUAGAUAGUGUAGAUAUUUAACUGAUGCUAAUCAGGAAAUAACAUGGUAUGUAUUUUUCAGAUGUAUUUAGUUAUAUUUAAUAACCUCAUUCCUGCCUUUUUCAUUGAAGUAACUUUCGUUUCUAUUAUUGCGGUUUUCAUAAUAUGAAUAAAUGGAAGGUUUGUGCCAGUAGACAUCUUUAUUACUAAAUCAGUGCUUAGAGAUCCUUGGGCUCUUGCAUUCAUUCACAUGAAAAUGACUGCUGUUUGCUCUACUUUGGACUCUUCUAAUUCAAAUGAAGUACGUUUUUACUGUGCAACAGUGCAGUGAAAUGAAAGAUAGAGUUUUGGGAGACGAUAAUGAAGAAAAAAUUACUUUCCAACACAGUGGAGCAGUUUAUCUAUGAGAGUAGUAAUUACUGUUUCUAACUCUGAGGAAGAUAGAAGAGCCAGGGAUUAUAGAAUAAACUUCUUUGAGAAAUAAAACAUCUUUUACAUAAAUGUUCAAUGUAUAUUAUAAAAUUCUACUCUGUUGCAUUCCUUCUACUCUCAUAAACAUAUUAAAUAAUCAUUUUAACUUG